GUGUAUGGCCUCCUCUCCCGAGAUGCAGACAACACCGUUCAGCAACCUCGUCAACCACAAUGUCGUUCAGCCGCAGAACCCGCCUCCGCCGCCGCAGCUAAAGGUGCUGCUCAACAGGAUCGACGCCAAGACUUUCGAGAGCGGCCACUACUAUGAUUUGGACGGCAGCAGCAGACACAGAGCUUAUCGAGCCGCCCGUAUCGAGGCAGAAGGCAAGUGGGCGUGGCUGUGUGUGCCUGAGAUGCGGCAUCGUGCAGGCGUGUCGGUGGCGGUGUGGGACACCAGUGGCGUGCACCUGCUGCACUGGUGGGAGGAGAUCGGGGUCGGCGCGAGCGGCGGAAGGUCGACGGACGCCAGCUGUGUGUACCCCAUUGUGGUGGACAAGGGAGGUGGGAGGCCGCACAGAACGAUGGUGGCCCUCAUGGCGAGACCAGGUGGGAGAAGCACGAGAAGAAUGCCAACUAAGUGUUUGUAUGUAUCUGUUGUCGAUAUGCAUGUCUGCCUGUCUGUGUGUUUGAUGGGCGCGGUGCAGGUGAGAAGUUGACGGCCUUCUUGACCGAGAUCCCCGACAGCCAUCCUGUCUGCGGCACCAUCGUCCCCUCGCACGCAUCUGCAGUCAUCAGCCUGGCGAAAGAUGGUGAGCAAGCCAAGCCACCCAAGCCAGCCAGUCAGUGGGUGAAGGGAUGCAUGUGUGUGUUUCCGUUCAGAGCAUGACGUACCUGCCUUCGUGGCUGGAGUGGGCAGCGAGUCCGAGCAGGGGACGGCCACGUUUGUGGUGGCCAUGUUGUCGGGCAGGAUGGCCACCGUCCGAGUGACCAUCGACCCUGACGCGGCCCCUCUGGUGGCCUCACUCCACUUCAGCCACGAGUGGUCGACGGGCGACAAGAUACACGACAUAUCGGCAUCAUCGCCGGGGGGCAUAUACGUGAGCCAACCGCGCCGCCCGCACCACACACUUUGAUGCAUCCUGUGCGUGUGUGUGUGCAGGGUUUGGCGUACAGUGCUGCGAGCGCGGCAGCCUCGACGCCCGUCAGGGUGGUCAAUUGGGGUCUAAGCAGGCUGUUCAAGACCCCCGGUCCCAUGAGAGAUGACGAGCAGAAUCAGACGGUCUCACAAGUCGCUGUUACCGCCAGGUCUGAACGAACAAAACGCAACAACGGGCAGUACAGAUGCACAUGUGUUUAUGUCUUUGUGUGUUUGUGUGUUUGUGUGUGUCCUGACAGGCAUGGGCAUGAGGACUUCACCUGCGCUGUUUUGACGUCUAGUAGCAUCCAGCUGUGGCACCACCACUCCCUCACAGGGGCCAAGAAGGUGAGUGAGUGAGUGAGUGAAGUGAGGGACCAUGAAGUCAGUGCCCUGACGGAUGCACACCAUCUCCCGCCCGCUCAUCUCGUUCAUCGUCUGCUGUGCCUUUGGUGCGUUCCUGCGUGGAUGGAUGGAUUCAGUUGCUGUGGCGGAGCGAGUGGUGUGCGGGUCUCCAAGACGACCAUCCCCUACUGCUGCCCAUAGCAAUGGCAUUCACACACCCGUACGUUACGUACGUACGGCAUCAUUAAUCACAUCACAAAGCGCGCCGAGACCAAGUUGGUGGAGAGCAUCGUAUGUAUGUAUCGUUGUGUGUGUCGUGUCAGGGGUCCACCGUCGAUAGUUGUUCUGGCUGUGAGGAUCGGAGGCGACUGGCAGCGCACUCUCUUGAUCCGAACAGUGAGUGAGAGUGAAAGACGAGACAACGAACGCCCUGAACACAACGGUAAGCACCCCAAACCCGUCCUGUGUUUUGUGUGUUCAGGGUAUCUUGUCCAGCACCGGUGUGCAGUGGAGAGAGCCAGUGACGAUCGCCGACCUCACGCCACACCCUCUGCCCAUCACAAACACCGACCCCCUCGCCAUCAUCACCGCGCCCCUCCAGCCGCCCCCGCCCCCCGAGCCUCCGAUGAGCCUCCCGCCCCUCCUGGGCCUCUUCCACCUGGCCGCCAUCGGGACGGCCGGCCGCGUACACGUCACCGCCCCAAGCACAGUGGUCCACGAGGUCGGCGACUAUGUCACCUACACGUAUCAUCUCGCUGACGACCAGAGUGGGGGGCUGCACGGCCCCCACUUGACCACUCACCCUGCCAACGAGCUGGUUCUGGCGACGGCGGCCAUCCAGCAGGACAUCUAUGUGGUCGGCAAGGGCAUGGUCGGCCUGCUGCAGGAGCACUCUCUCUACGGCAGGCCACUGGCGGCCAUAGACAGAGGGAGAGAAACCAGCAGGGACACAGAGGAGGUGGCCCGCAGGCACCUUCAGCAGCAGCAGCAGCAGCAGCGUGAGCGUCCGCAGCGGUUCUCCCCCUACUCAGUGCCUGUCCUGCCGGCCAGGGAGACGCCCUCCCCCACAAUGCCCGCGGCAGCCACCCCCUCGCCCCCGCGCGCACUCGCAUCCACGGCAGGGUCGGCUCAGUGCGAGGAGCUCAUCUGCUGUGUGCUGCAGGGCAUGAUGGUGCGGCAGCGCGAGAUGCGCGGCGAGAGGAUGGAGCUGCAGACCACCUGGGGCGCCCCGGAGAGGAUCGGUGAUGUGGAGAUCGCCGUGAGGGGCGUGGCGGACGUGCUGGCCAAUGGGUGGGCGGAGGAGGCGAGGGAGGCCGUCAAGGGGCCGCUCAUUCAGCAGGCUGUGGAACACCUGGGAAAUGUCGACACAGUAGGUGCCUACACACACUUGUGAGCAUGUGAUGCAUCGCAUCCAGGGUGGGUUUGUCUGUGUGUCCGCGUGUGUGUGUGGGUGCGUGUGUCAGGUGAAGAGGGGCCUGUACGAUCGGGGUGAUUUGCUCCAGGGGCUGGUGCAGGUCUUGAAGGAGACAGGCCUCUUCAACAAACUCUCAUCCUCAACAAAGUGAGCGACCAUCACACAGCACACUAACACCAGAUGCUUUUCUGUCUGCACCAUCCCUUUCUCUCGCCCUCGUGUGGCAUCAGGUUGGAGCUGUCCCGCCAUCUAGAGCAGCUCUCAUUCGCCGUCAAGCUGUGGGACCUGCGAAGCGCCCGCCCCCAGCUCGACACCAUCCUCCAACACUCAGGCACAUCAUCCGACCCCACACGCCCCUUCCACCGCCUCAAGGCCGUCAUCCGGGUGCUGCCCGCCAUCGCCACACACCUCACCAACACGGCCGCAACACACGGGCCCUCAAUCGAGGCGUACACCGAGAUCAACAUGGUGCUGCACGAGCUGCUGGCAUUUGUGCAAGAGAAGAGGGCCACCAUCGCCCACCUGCUGGGCCUCGCCAGCGAGCCGGAGAGCGCCGGCGCCUUCCCUCUCAGCGACGGUUUCCUGGCCCCUCCAUGGCUGGUGGAGGGCGAUGCGAGGCGGGCGCUCGAGAGGGUCACGGACGUCCACUCACCCAUGGUGUCCACGCUGCGCCGGGAGGGGGCGGUCACUGCACACGCCCACGGUCGAAGGGAGGCCCUGCAGACGUAUCUCAUCUCGCUCAUGCAUCUGAGCGACCAUGUCCUCAACCUCUUCCGGCAGAGCCCUCAGGCCAUCCGCCGCGAUGGCGAGAAUGCACUGGAGGAGCUGAAGGAGCGGUUCAUCCGCCCGUGUGAGGACCUGGAGGUCGCGCUUGAGGAGGCACUCAUGGGUGUCCCGGGUGACUAUCCCGUCUUCCACGGCAGCAAGCCGGGCACAUGGGGCCUGGCACUCAGAUACCGCCACACGCGGGCCGUCAUCCAUCUGUUCGGCCGACGAGACCCCCGCGGCCUGCUCGCGCAGAUCCGAGACAGCAGAGAGGAUGACCGCGAGAGGCUGCUGCGGACGGUGGCCUGUGUGUAUCCGCAGCUCUUGGAGCAGCUGGUGCUGGAGAGCGAGGUGGGCAUGCUCAGGGAGGCCGCCAGCCUUGCCGACAGUGCUGGAGGUGGGAGCGAGUGGCUGUGGGCGGCGAUUGUCAAGCUGCAGGCACUGGAGGCGGCCAAGGAGGACAGCAGGGGCCAGGGAUUCUUCGCACAUAACAGCUGGUACUUUUGCAUUAGGGAACUAACUGGAUCAAGACGUGUGGCCGCCUUGUCUGUUCUGUGUGUGUCAGGACGGCCCUUGACGAGCAGCCUCUCGAUGAAGAGUACGCUACGCCUGCUUCUUCAGCCAGCCAGCCAGCCAGCCAGACAAAUUCUGACCCCUUUCUGUCUGUGCGUGUGUGGCCCUCAGGCUGAAGGGCCAGCUGACCAGAGGUGAGGACGACACCGUCGCAGGCACCUACAUCGAGGCAUCGCACAAGGCGCUGGACGAGUGUGCUGCAACCAUGGGUGAGUGAGUGUAUGGUAUGGCCACACACACACCAAACCAAACACUCCCUUCAUUGCACUCGACUCGCGUGUCUGUGUGUGUGCUGUGCUCUCCUGUAUGUGUGUGUCAACUGUCAGUUGAUCACGAGGCGUUGGAGGGCGUCUAUUGCCUGCAGUCGCUCGCGCUGCCGCCGCACAUCGACCAGCAUGAGGCUGCGGAUGCACUGGGGUGGAAGAUAGAACAACUCACACGGACAAGGCAGUCAAAGGAACAAGCGUACGUAAGACAACACCACACCAACCACCCCCGGGCCGUGUGUGUGCAAACCCUCUGUGGCUGGCGUGAUGGGUGUAUCUGUGUGUGGUUCAUUCAGUCCUCCCGCGACCGGCUCUCCUGGUCGUGGUGGUCGUGGUGCGGUGAUGGAGGCCGACCUGCUCAAGGACGCCAUUCGGGCCAUCCAGGCCGCCGUGCAGAGGGACAUCAGGCGCCACACCGACGCACAAGCCGAGAUCACGCCAGACUUUGCUGACCCCAAGUACCAGCCAUGUAAGUCAGUCCGACAAACAAAAGCAAAAGACACACGAAGCUGCGAUGCGGUGCAAGCAGUGCAGUGGAUGGCUGUGUCUUUGGUCUGUCUGGUGGGCUGGGCGUGUUUCAGAUGCUGGCUUUGCGAGGAACCGUAUGAUCCGGUUGGUGCGUCUGUUGAAGCGCGUCGCCGCCACAGCAGGGGCUGUCACAAGGGCCGCACUCACGGAGUAUUGGCUGUACGUCAAUGAGAUCGACCGCGAGUACUGGGUCAAGGUCCUCACAGCCCUCUCCCACACACAGCACCGCUCCAUCGGCGAUGUCGACCUCAAGCCAUUCAAGACACGCCAGUCCAUCAUCGCAUCAGGACACGACAUACUCGACGACCAGCAGACAGAGGAAGAGCGCAGGGAGACCGCCGCGGCCAACUAUGCAGCCGACGAGAUCACCAAGACGCUCACAUACGAGCUGCUGGCCACACAUGGGACAGAUGCAGUGGGGUGGGGUGUUGGGCUGGAGGACACUGUGAGGGAGGGUGUGCGGUGCCGUGUGGGGGAGGAGGGGGUGAACCGGCUGUAUUACGAGCUGGGGGCGCUGGCGGAGGCGACUGUGCGGAAGAGUAGGGGGUUCUCGGCGGACACCAUUAGCUAAGUAGCGAUAGAGUGGGAUACAUACCGGAAGGAAGACUCAUGAGUUGAUGAGGAGACAGACAUGUCUGUAUGUGCCUACCAUGGCUCAUGCUUGAAGGUCCGAGCGGGCUGAUGGGUGUGGCUGUUUAUUGGUCACAGCGCGUCCAUGUGCUGGCGUGCGUGGCGCUUGUGGCUUGUGACGCUUUGGCCUGCCUGCCUGCCUAGCUGUGUGUCACACGUGUG